ACAUAUUCUGUAUUUUUAAUAUGGAUGGAAGGGAUAUUACUCGUGUACUUAUACAAAAAAGUCAGGUGUUACAAUUUAAUUGUUGUUUCCGAAGUUAAAAUGCUAUCUCCCUUUUAUUUGUGGCUGGCAGUAAUUUUUAUUAUAUCUCGGAGUAAUGCUUCUCAUUUAAAAAACAACGGAGUUUUUCCCAAAAAAUUCAUCUUCGGCGCAGCCACGGCCGCCUAUCAAAUAGAAGGCGCCUGGAAUGAAGAUGGAAAGGGAGAAAGUGUUUGGGACGAAUUCGUCCACAGAUCACCUUCUCCCAUAGCCAAUAAUGAAACCGGCGAUGUCGCUUGUGAUUCUUAUCACAGAUGGAAGGAAGAUUUGCAUUUAGUAUCUAACCUCGGCAUGCAGUAUUACAGAUUCUCCAUUGCUUGGACUCGGCUGUUUCCCGACGGUUACGUUGGUAAAAAAAUCAACCAAGCAGGACUAAUCUAUUACAAAAAACUGAUACAAGAAGUGGUCAAACUGGGAUUAAUGCCGGUAGUGACUCUCUUCCAUUGGGACCUUCCCUUGAAACUCUACCAGGACGGCAUCAGCUGGACCAACGACUCGAUAAUAGACAUUUACGUUAAUUACACCAGGCAAGUUAUAAAGCAUUUCCCGGAAGUUAGCAUAUGGAUAACCGUCAACGAGCCGAGAAUUUACUGUCGAUACUCCUACGGGUUGGGCACUUUGGCUCCCGGAAUAAAAGAAAGCGGCAUUUUGGACUACCAAUGUUCCUAUGUCAUCUUGAAAGCCCACGCUGCUGUCUAUCGAAUGUACAAAAAGGAAUUCCCCCUUUACAAAGCACCGAUGUCGAUAGUGGUCGAUUGCCAAUGGUACGAACCAGAAACCAACAAAACUGCAGACAUUCAAGCGGCCGAUAGGCAACAACAAUUCGAGUGCGGAAUGUAUUACCAUCCCGUGUUUAUCGGCGACUGGCCGUCUGUUGUGGUCGAAAGGGUGGCGGAAAGGAGCAAGAAAGAGGGUUACAAGAAGAGUCGCCUUCCGAAAUUCACGAUGGAAGAGAUCAAAUUCAUUCGAGGAACCCACGAUUAUCUGGCCGUGAAUCAUUAUUACACUUUCUUGGCUGCGGACGAGCCAGAAGCGCCUUACAAUCACACCGAUUACGAUAACGAUGUGCGUGUAAUCAAUUCGAGAUCGCCCGAUUGGGCAUUAGCAUCCAACAAAUACGCUAUCGUCCCUUGGGGCGUUAGAAGGGUUUUGAACUGGCUCAAGCAGCAAUAUGGCAACAACAUGAUUAUAAUUACCGAAAUGGGUACAUCAGAUGAUGGAUCGUCGUUAAACGAUUACGAACGAAUUAAUUUCUACUGCGACUACUUCUGCGAAAUAUUGGAAGCCAUGCAAAUAGAUCGAGUGAAAGUUAUUGGAUUGUCCGUUUGGAGUUUAAUGGAUAAUUUCGAAUGGAACGCUGGCUACGCUUCUCAUUUUGGUUUGUACAACAUCAAUUUCCACAAUGAUACAACGUUGAGACGUACGCCCAAGAGAUCGGUGGGUUUCUUCAAGAUGUUGAACAAAACUAGGAAGCUCCAUUGCUCGGGUUACAAGGGAAAUUGGACGGAGCCCAAUUGGGGCCCGCACGGGAAAGAGCAUUACAGCUACGAUAAUCGCUUGCAUAGAAGCCACAAAUUAUAAUAAACAAUGCCCAUUGGUUAAAUAAAUGUUACUGAUUUGAUUUUGUCUUCAACGUUUAUCGAUUGCAUUUAAUUUGAUCUCGUAUUUCACAGGGAUAUAAUAAAUACGUACUGAAUAAAGAAUUG